AUGGGGAAAUCCCAAGACCGCGCGCAAGAAAAAAAGGGGAACGCCGUAUCGGCGUGCCGAUUGCCCGCGACCUUGGGACAACGCCUUAUUGGAGAGAUGCCGUGGAAAAAGGUUGAGGAACCUUCUUCCACGGUUGAUGAAGAAAGACUGAAGCUGGUGGCUCUUUGGAGGAUAGAUGAACUUUUAAUGCUGGUGUACUGUACGCAUGAUACGAGCCUUGCUCGUAUCAUGCCUGAAGUAUCUUGGGAUGUUACGGAGGUGUCGGCAAAGCGAGAUUCGGUGGAAGAAAUUCGCUCCUCAGUCCCAAAAAAGCAGCUCAAAAUCUCCACUGUUUUAUCCGGAUCAAAAGCCGACUCCAGAAGUCGCCAGAUAUCCUCAACCAAGCCAGCGAUAGCCAAGGACUCAUCAGUGACUCAAUCAGCUUCUAGUGUCAUCAAAGCCAAGGUCAUGAAGCUGAAGAAACUUUCAUCCUCGUCAAAUGACCCCAGCUCUCCUGGUGGCGACAAACCAGCAUGGGUCGUCCGGAAAGUGGAUGUAGUAGCGACACCUGUACCAACCAAGGAAGAACACGUGGAAAACUCCGCUGAUCGGCGCCCUGCCGAGUCGCGUCAAUCUUCAUUUUUAGAAGACCUCAGAUUCCAGUUGAAAAGUGCUCAUAAUAAAAAACGCGAGGUUCAUUCGCCGCAGGAAUUCUUUGGUUCUCCGGACAUGCGACAUUUAACGGUCCUCGGCGACAGUCUGAAACCACAGCCCACAGAACCCGAAAAAGCGAGAAAUAUUUCCACCAGAGAAAUCAAGGAUGUCUCUGAUAAACUAACCAAGGUUCGGAGCAAACCUAGACUGGUUUUAGGAGCCAAAAAGGACCCACGGAAAAUGACCCCGAUUGACGUUGAAGAAGUGUCGAAAUCGCCACUUUCCAGUCAGUCCCGUGGGAAAAGAGCUAUAGAAAGGCGAGUCGAGUUUGAAGCUGUGCUGGAUGCCGAACUGUCUCGAGUGUCUCUGGAAAAUUGCCCCAACGAAGGAAACGACGCUCUGGAUCACGACUAUCUAGAUAAGCCUGCCAACACCUGGAAAGCCUGGUCUAUGGAGAACCCUGCGUACCAGAACCCUAGAGACUUUGUCAUCAAGCGAUUCAAGUCUCAGUACAGGGUCAUUGAAGUGGAUGGGUUUGAGUUUGAGGAGUACAUGUGGUACAUGUAUGAUCCGUAUGUGCGACUCACGCGUUGCAGUCAUUACAAGGUGGCAGGUGUGGAGUGUAAAGUGAAGGGUGCGAUCAAUUUGAAGGAGAACAAGUUUUUCUAUGAGGCCAUUUUCUCGGCGGCGAAUCAUAACCACACAGCCUCUGAAGCCCCUCCAAAAAUUAAGAAUGUGAUUCACAAAAGAUUGGGUAUUUCUUCUUUGCGGUCGGAAAUUAUUCCUCUGGACCUUCCUCCCCCUCGACACUGUUUUGUUUCUCCUUCCAAUCUUCCUCCUUUGCGGAAUUCUUUGCCGUGGUCGGGAUCGUCUGGGUGCUUGAGGAUUCAUUGCGCCGCGUCUCGCUGCGAAUCGUCUGGCAUCGACGUUGAUUUCGUUGAGGGCAUUGGAUUCGGGGUCUGA